CCCCGAUCAGCCCCCGCCCCCGGCCAGCUCCUGUCCCGGGCGCGUCGCGCGGGGGCGGUUCGGGCCGUGCUGGGGCAGCGCCGUGUGCGGGGCCGGAAUCGCCCCACGCUGGAGCGGGGCCUGGCGCGGGGGCCAGACAGGGUAAGAACUGCAUAACAGCUUUUCCUGCUGAACCGGACCAGUGUCAAUGAUGGCAAGACUCCCAAGUGCUGCGCCAUAUACCCUUUGGAUCCUUUUCUUUUCAUAUACAACAAAUGAAGUUAUGACUGCAGGACACAUACAAGAAUUUGCAUGCUUCACUGACUUUGACAAAGAGCUGGUUUGUCACUGGAAGGUGCCUGCACAAACUAACUGCUCCAAAGAAUUCCUGCUCAGCUACAGCAAGGAGAUUUCUGUGUCAAACGUGUGUGUUCCUGAGAAUGGAGAAGACAGUUUAAGGUGCACUUGCACAAUACGUUCAGAUUAUUUUGUGUCAGGCCUCACGUAUGUUUUAGCUCUACAGUUCAAUGGGACUGAUAUAUGGAACUACAACGUUACACCAGCCCUUGUUGUUAAGCCAAGGGCCCCCAAAAAUCUUGCCAUUGAGAAAGCUGAAAAUGGUAAUUUCAAUCUGAGCUGGGAGGAGAACUACUCUUCUCAAUCCACGCUCUUUGGACAGCCGGUCAUCUAUGAACUGAAAUACUGGAGGAAGCAGCACCCAAUGGAGGUUUCUGUAAAAGCAAUUAACUACCAGGCAAAAAGCUUUGAGAUUACGGCAAGCUCCUUGAGGAGGGGGUAUGAUUACGUUGCAAGUCUCAGGUGUAACUACACAGACUACCCGGCCUACUGGAGUGAAUGGAGUGAAGAAGUUGAAUUUCACUAUGAUUAUCAAGUGACAGCUGAAGACAUUCUGCAGAUGGCUGUGCCCAUAUCCUGCAUACUGAUCAUGGCAGGAUCUGUCAUUUGCUACUUCUGUUUUACAAAAGUGAAGAAAGAAUGGUGGGAUGAAAUCCCAAAUCCAGCAAAGAGCCAUUUGGUUGUAAAAAAUGUCAAGUUUUCAGUUUUCUCCUACUUUGAUGAAAUUAAGUUCCCUUUCCAUGACUUAAAGCAGACUCAUAUGGAAAAGCAAAUAAGUUGCAAGAACUGUCUGGCUCAAAGUUUGUCGAGCCAAAACUUCAAGGGAAAAGAUAACAUCAGAAAUGUUGAGAAAUCUUGCAGCUGCCACAGCAAGUGUGGAGAGUCGUUGCCAAAAGGCAUUAAUGCAGUUUUAACCCCUGAUACAACUCCAUUUGAAGACAUUAUUGAAAUCUGUGAAUGUUUAACAGACAGUGAAACCGGGAGCCAGGAAGAGACUGGUGACCAGAUCACCAUGUUUGAGCCUUGUGAGAGCAGCAUCAGUGCUUUCAGAGAGCACAAUGAGGCACUAGCUAACAUGUUUGAUGCGCUCCUGGCAGAUGAAAAUAACAUGCAAGACAAUAAAGACCCAGACAUCCUCACAGGUGAGAGGAAGACCUUCAAGAAACUUGAGUUGGAAAAUCCAUCACAGCGAAAUCCAAAAGAAAGCACAGCCCAGAAUCAGUGGCCAUGUGGUAUUUCUCAUACAGUCUCUCUUUUCACCAAAGCCUCUCAAGAUGACUACAAUUGUAGUACAUCCAGCAAGGAGUCAGAACUGUCGGAAGAAUCCUUUGAAUCUGGUUAUCAGAGCUCCAGCAUAAAUUCUGCUUCUCUGGAUGCAAGAGAUCUUCAACAAAUGGUUCAUCAAAGCCUUUUUCUAUGCAGUUCAGAAAGUGAGCAGGCCUCUUGUGUCCUGAUCCAGGAAUCUACAAAUAAACCAUUCUUUGGGACCAAAACAGACAGAAUAAACAACCCUGCAAACAAGGGUUUUGAUACCCUUUUGUCUGCACCCAUGAGGUUCUGUGGUUCUGCCUACAAGAGCUUUGACUCCCUUUUGUCGCCAUCUGUGGAGCCCGGUAGUUCUGCCUACAAGAGCUUUGACUCCCUUUUGUCGCCAUCUGUGGAGCCCGGUAGUUCUGCCUACAAGAGCUUUGACUCCCUUUUGUCGCCAUCUGUGGAGCCCGGUAGUUCUGCCUACAAGAACUGUGACACCCUUUUGUCACCAUCCCUGGAGCCCUGUGGCUCUGCCUACAGGAGCUUCAAUGCCCUCAUGUCGCACUCCAUGGCCAGCAGUAGCCUGACUCUGUGCUUUGAAAGUGCAUGUUCCUCACAGCCUCCAAGACAAUUGUCAGAGGUACCAGAACACAGCUGUAGAGGUCAAAUUGCUCAACCUGCUGGCAAUGGGACAUGUUACACCAACUACAGAUCUCCCUACGCUGAGCUUGACUUUCCAAACACCUGUUCAGAGCAUACUGAUUUUCCAUCUUUCUCCGCACGUGCAAAUGAAGGUGCUUCAGCUUUCCUAUCAGAGGAAGAAAUACAUAAGCAAGUAAUAUAUGAAAAUUUUCCAAAGAAAACCAAUAUAAUUUCAUGCCCUAUUGCACCUCAGCCAUCAAGUUAUCAGCCUUUUGAUAGUGCAGGUAAAUGUAAUGGUCCAUACUGUGACAGUGAGGUUGUUUCAUUACAUGAACCCUUCAUUGGUCUGUGCAACAAUCUCAAAGAAGCACCUCCAGAUACUGCAAUCUGUGAACUUGACCUAAGGACAAAGGACUGUGUGUGUUUGACUGUUCAGAGUCCUGAUUGCAGCAUUGUCCCAGAUUUAGCCUCUAGUGAGAAUGACACACAGACCAUUAAUGGCAGCCCUUGUAUCGAUAGCUCUAAUGAGCUAUCUAGUGAUAGCAAUGAUGAAAAUAGCAACAGAGAGGAACACUGGUUGCAUUUGUUAGAGCUGAACUGUCAAGAUUUAAACAGCAGAGGAAGAACUACACAGGGGACAAAACAGAACAGCUUUAACCCUACUAGCGAAGUAAUGCAAGAGAGCAACAAUAACAAACUGAAUACUGACUGCCACCCACACAGCCACUUGAGGGAACUUGGAGAUGCAGAGGGAAGUGAAGAGAUGCUGAAGCAUGUAGAAGGGAAGGGGAGUGGCUCAGCAGCCAGCUUACCAGCAUCAUUGGACAGCACUGAGCUAAACUUAGGCAGAAAAACUGCAGAGCCCGUGGAGCUCCACAUCUCAGACAAGCUGUCGCCUUGUUGUCUUGUGAAUAACUCUAGUCGUUCUGAUUCUCACACCAUUCACAGUGAGGACUGCAGACUGGCACUUGCCAUUAAAAAAAGACCAAUAGAACUGUUAAGGGAAAACAACAGGAAGAAUGAGAAAAAAAUUGAACUUGUGCAAGCCCUUGCCCAAGAGGACAACUGCUAUAUGGAAGUAGCUUAGCUACAUUUGCUGAGAGCCGAGACUGAGUGAGCCUUUGAAAUAAACUGUAUGGCAAAUUGAAAUGUUGCUUGUUAUUUCAAUCUUUACUGAAAUGAGGGCUGCUAUAGGUCCCACAUGAUUCAGUGGGUUAUAGCACUAGUGCUUGCAUGGGACUGGCAGCCAGGACAUGGUACAGGCCUCUGGGGACAGUUGGGGAUGGCACCCAGCAGCUCUACUAGGGUGAAGCCAGAGCUGAAGUGUGAAGUUGUGAGUGAUCUCUAAAAGGGAGCAACAGCUACAGGAAACAGGAGUUCUUAGUAUAGUUCCUGUGGUUAUUGCCUUAGCUAUUUGUUGCUUGGGAAGCACACAACAGUAAUGUGGAAGGUGCUGACACAUGUGGAAUUGGGACAUAGGUGCAGGUCAAAGGGGAUGUGACUGACUUAGUACACAUCUUCCAUAACUUAUUUCUUUUGGGGGAGGGGGUGUUGUCCUGUGUGCCUCACCCUAGCAUGGGGUGUAUACUUCCAUACCUGCUCAAUCAAGGCGUGGAAUACGGAGUACUGUCGUUUGGGCUUACGCAGUACUAUUAUUGGUCAUUAGUUUCUUAUUCUGUAAAAGCAAGCAGAAUUACUUCAUACUUCUGCAGCUGUAAAUGGCAUCAGACAUUCCUAAGCAAUGUUUUCCCAGAAAGCUUAUCUAAUGUGUGGUCCAACACCAUACUUUCAUGAAACAUUUUUUUAGCUUCUUGUUCUUGUUCAGUUGGAAUGGGGAUUAUGCACGCAACUUAAAGGCUGUAUAUACUUCUUGUUAGAUAAUUAUUCAAGAAAUUUUACUGACAACGCCGAACUUCUCUACAGUGUUAUCAUAUAUUUUGGUGUGGUAAAUUCCACCCUAGUAUGCUGGCAGUGGCACAAAACAGUUAAGAACCAUCAAGUAAUGUUUUGUGCAUUAGAAUGUAUUCCCGUUUGUAAGGAAGGAAACCAUAAUGCUAAACACAGCAACUGGUUUUAACGUAUUUUGUAAGUAAAAUUUUUGUACUGCAGAUCUCUCUUCCAAGUUGGCCAAGUAGUAGAGGUAAUGUCAUCAAUUUUACAACACUGAAAAAAUGGUAUGUAAGCCCAGGAAGGAGACCUGCAAUGUAUCUGUAUUUAGAUGGGAUAGUUAAUAUUUGUAUAGGCACUGGGUUGUAGCUCACUUUCACUAUGGUGGUGGUUAGUGGAAGAUCUUCCUGCUUGUAGCUAAGGUGCUGAUGAACAUGUAAUUUAUUUGUUUUAACCAAAAAUGUCAGAUUAAAUUUUAUUUUCACUUA